CUCGGGCGGUGCGUCCUGGGGCGCAUGCGCCGGGCCUGGCCAGGCAGUGGGAGCGGGCAUCCGGCGGUCCAUCCCUCCCUCGUUGUGGGCGAGCAGCGGCUGGAGGGGCCGGGCGGUCGCACGGAGCGUCUUCUCACCCACUGCCACUAGCGAGAUGGCGGUGACGCGGUACCGGCGGUUCCUCCGCCUGUGCGAGGAAUGGCCGCUCGACCAGAGCAAAGGCGGCCGCGACCUGGGCGCCUUCCUGCGGCAGCGCGUGGCGUUGGCCUUCCGCGAGGGGGAGAGCACGCAGAUUGCAGAUCCAGAGAAGUGUGACCAGAUGUAUGACAGUUUAGCCAGAAUCAACUCUGCUUAUUACAAAAACAAGUACCCCCGUCUCAGAAACACAUGUUUUACUGGUGUGACAGUGGAAGAAUGUCGAAUGGUUCUUGCAACAGAUAAUAUGAAACAAAUGGAAGAAAUGAAGAAAGGUAUGUGGAAAAAGCUCAGAGAAAAGUUUGCAGGGAAAUCAGAAAAUGUCACCAAGGAAUAUGUCUAACCUUUGCAUAGGAUUGAAACUGUAAUUGUUUCUCUGCAGCUCUAACUUGGCACAGAUUCAGAAUGCAGUUUCCAUGAGGAAUUGCCUGGCGAUUACAACGAGUUGUUCGACAAGGAACGCAACAUUCGAGAAAUUGGGAAUCGGCAGUGAAGAAUAAGCAGAAAAUCACCGUCCACUUGAGGGACUCCUGAGUGCACCUAAUAUGAAAAACUGCAGUAUCACUGGCAUUUUCCUUUUAAAUUCCAGCCUGGUAUAUUGAUAAUUUCCUUCCGCCAUCCAAUAUCUGUGGCAUCCUUUACUGAGCCUCGACAUGUCUAACAUUCACAGGAUUACAGGAUUGUUAAAUAGUUACUUGGAUGAUACACUUCUUUUAAUACAAGCUGUUUACCAUCUUAGAUGGACGAGACAAUUUCUAUAUCUCAUCCCCACCUAUCACACCUGCUCUACUUCACCUUCUGGUUUGCAUACAUUUAAAUAAAUGCAAAACCAAACGAUAUAAUCAAUUAGAAAUGUUAUCAUUAUAAUUUAUUUUGUGAAACAUGCAGAUGAAGAAAACUAGCAAUCCUGGACUUAAACUACAGGCUAUCUCCUUUAUACCACCAUACCUUGCAACAUACUUUCUCCUGGUAAACCUGUAUGUGCCAUAGACUUCCUGUUAGGAAUCCCAAUGUAUCCCUAAUUGAGUCUUUGACAUUUGAAUGUAUCCUUUGUGGCUGUGAAAGAUUUGAAAGAGCAGAGGGAUAUUAAAAAAAUUACAUCUCUCAAGUAUUUCAACCAUAGCACAUCGACACUGCCUUUGAUAAUGGCAUAUAACUGCUGAGCAGAAUCAUACUUUUAACUACAAUGCCUAAGCCUCUUCCUUCCAGAUCAUUGUAUCUUUAAAAUUCUGAAGAGCACUGUGAAUCAGAAGGAAAUUCCAUUUUAACAAGUUUGCUUUUCGUUUAAAUAAACUUAUUGUACAAUA